CUCCUCACAGCCUCGCCUCACUCACUACCUCACGAAUCACGCCUACAGCACGAGAGCACACACCGCACGAUGGAUCUCCGGCAGAUGAUGCAGGGCAUGGGCGGCGGGCCUAGUGGGCCGGGCGGCGCAGGCAUGCAGGGCGACCAGCCGCAGAACGACAAUGCAGAGAAGAUCUACAUCAGCAGCUUGGCGCUGCUCAAGAUGCUCAAGCACGGUCGCGCCGGCGUGCCGAUGGAGGUCAUGGGUCUGAUGCUGGGCGAGUUCGUCGACGACUACACCGUCACAGUCAUCGACGUGUUCGCGAUGCCGCAGUCCGGCACGGGCGUCAGUGUCGAGGCGGUGGACCCGGUGUUCCAGACGAAGAUGCUCGACAUGCUGAAGCAGACUGGCCGGCCCGAGAUGGUCGUCGGCUGGUAUCACUCGCACCCGGGCUUUGGCUGCUGGCUCUCCUCGGUCGACAUCAACACGCAGCAAUCCUUCGAGCAGCUGAACCCUCGGGCUGUUGCCGUCGUGGUGGACCCGAUCCAGUCCGUGCCGGGCAAGGUCGUCAUCGACGCCUUCCGGCUCAUCAACCCCUCGACGGUGAUGCUGGGCCAGGAGCCGCGGCAGACGACGUCGAACGUGGGGCACCUCAACAAGCCGAGCAUCCAGAGUCUCAUCCACGGCCUCAACCGGCAUUACUACUCCAUUGCGAUUGGCUACCGCAAGACGGAGCUGGAACAGAGCAUGCUGGGCAACCUGCACAAGCGCGGAUGGAUGGAAGGCCUGCGGCUGCGCGACUGGGGAGAGCACAAGGCGGGCAAUGAGAAGGCCAUCCAGCGCAUGCUCGCACUCUCGGAAGCAUACAACAAGAGCGUGCAGGAGGAGUCGACGCUCACACCCGAGCAGCUCAAGACGCGUCACGUCGGCAAGCAAGAUCCGAAGCGCCACCUCGAGGAUGCGGUAGAGCAGGCCAUGGGCGACUCGAUCCUGCAGAGCUUGAACAGCAUGCUGCUGGCCGAGCUAAGCUGAGUGGGGGAAGAGAGAGGCGGCGAGAGCAAUCUGAUUACGAGGUUUGCCAGAUGCGCA